AUGGACAACGUCGAGGCACGAGCGAACGAAGAAUUGGAGCUGGACGAGCUCAGCCGGGUGUCAACCACCACAGAAGACAUCAGCGCGACCGAGCAGAUUGCCGAAGAGCGAGAGAACGGGGAGAUGGACUUGGUUCAUCAGCAUGGAGGCAUGGAAGACGAUGCUACCAGCACCGUCAGCAGCGCUGAGAGAAGCAGCAGGGUGAGCGACGCCACCCAAUCCACGUCGUCCUCCCACUCUGCCGAGGCGGAAAGGCCGAUGGCCCACCUGUCGUGCCGGCUGUGCUCAGAGGACGAAAAUGCGCCGGAGGAACCACUCUACCAGUGCCCGUGCCGCUGCAUCGACACGUACGUACACCAGUCUUGCCUGGAGCAGCUUUUGUACGAAGGGCCUGAAGGCGGCGUGUGCGCGGUGUGCCACACUCAUUACCCGGUGCGGCGCCAGACCAAGCCCUCUGGCUGA